CAAGCAGUUUGUAUCUGUUGAGCCCUAACACUGAUGCUCUGAUAUUUAGCUGCAGCAGAAAAAUAGUACGGGAAUAAAAAGUUGGUUUAUCAACAGACAGACUGUUAAACUGAUGACCAAGUCCACACAUAAAUUUCCCGCGACCCAAUUGGGUCUUGACAGCUGGUGGUACAAUUUAAAACGAUACAAUCUGAAAGUCGACAGUCAACCAAGUUUCCACCAAACUACUGUUCAACGUCACACACACCAGCCAUGCUAAGUAAUGCCCAAACCCCACGAUCGGCAGCAACUAAACAAAUUAAAACCGGGAUUAACCUCUGGAAGCCUGAAAUCUCAAAGUUAAUCUUGGAACUUGUUGAAAAACAUGGCAAUAAACAAGAAACGGAAAGAGUGAGAGCCUGGAUAAACGAUCCUAAUACCAUUCCUACGGGAGGUUUUACAGUUGCUGUAACCCUGGUUGGCUAUGCUGUCGGCAACGUGCCAGGUUCAAUGAUGUGUUUAGGUAAAUUAGGUCAAUACCGCAUUCCGUUUUUUCCGAUUGUCAAGAGUUUGAUAAUCCGAGAAGUGGAUUUUAGUGAGAAAGAGAAGAUAGCAGGAGAGUACAUAAGAGACCUGUUUAAAGACGCAACAUAUAAAGAUGAUCUAAAAGAGCUUUACAAGAAAUGGAAAAGAGCAAGAAGAAAUGCCAUACAAAGUUUGAGAGAUAUUGCAGAUGAGAUGAGUGAUGACAGGAAGAAUGCAAAUAUUGCUAAGGUAGUUGGUUCUUCCGUGUCUGCUGUAGGAACAGCAGCUGCAGUAGGGGCAACGGCAUUAGCGAUAGUUACUCCUGGUGGUAUUGCUGCAGCAGGAGCAAUUGCAGCACUUGGAGGAGCAACAAAUAUUGGAGCAGAUAUUGUUGCAGAUAAAUUGGCUGUCAGAGCCGAAACAAAAUCUGAGCAAAUUUUAAGUGAUCAAGCUAAGAGCACCGAAGAUUUUAUGAAGCUACUGAAUGAAUACAAGAAACACACAGAAAAUCAUCUAAAGACAGCUAAAAUGUUCGGUGACGUACUUGUGCGCUUUAGAAAGCUGCACGAAACCAGAGUGAGGGUAACUAUUGGCAUAGGUGAUGCGGUCGAAGAAGAACUCGGGUUUGUAAAAUCGUUUGUGAAAGGUAAGAAGACUAACAUAACUAGACAUUUUGUUGGUUUUGUUUCAACAAAUUCAUAAACUACCUGGUUAUAAUUGCCACAUUCCCUUAAUUUUUAU